ACUUCGCGGUUUUCCCUUUGCUACAGCCACAACCAAAACUCUCAAACUAAUCCAACGGUUCAGAUUCAGUCUUCUUCCUUCUCUGUCCUCCAUUGCCAAAACCUCCAUUUUCUCCCGCACCUUAACUUCCCCUUCCCCUCCUCCCUCUCUUCCUCUCUCUAUUCUCUUCUUCUUCCCAUUGUCUCUGCUUCUCUCUGUUGUUUUUCGCAUUUUUUGUUCCGUUCUUUUCCGCUCUCUCAAACCAUGUCUUCCGCCGAGAAGGAGAGAGAAACUCAGGUCUACAUGGCCAAGCUUGCUGAGCAGGCCGAGCGCUAUGACGAAAUGGUUGAGUAUAUGAAGAAUAUUGCAAAGCUUGACCUCGAACUAACUGUAGAGGAGAGGAACCUUCUUUCUGUGGGGUACAAAAAUGUGAUUGGUGCACGACGAGCCUCUUGGCGCAUCAUGUCUUCAAUUGAGCAGAAAGAGGAGUCUAAGGGGAAUGAGAACAUUGUAAAAUUGAUAAAGAGUUACCGCCAGAAAGUCGAGGAGGAACUUUCAAAGAUUUGUGGUGAUAUUCUCUCUAUCAUAGACAAGCAUCUAAUCCCUCAUUCGUCUGCUGCAGAAGCCACUGUCUUCUACUACAAGAUGAAAGGUGAUUACUAUCGUUAUCUUGCUGAGUUCAAGACAGAUCAAGAUAGAAAAGAGGCUGCUGAUCAGUCGUUGAAGGGAUAUGAGGCUGCCUCAGGCACUGCGAAUACCGAACUCCCAUCGACCCACCCAAUCCGUCUUGGUCUUGCUCUCAACUUUUCUGUCUUCUACUAUGAGAUUAUGAAUUCUCCUGAGAGAGCUUGCCAUUUGGCUAAACAAGCUUUUGAUGAGGCAAUUGCAGAGUUGGAUACCUUGAGUGAGGAAUCAUACAAGGACAGCACUCUGAUCAUGCAGCUGUUGAGAGACAACCUCACACUCUGGACCUCAGAUUUGCCUGAAGAUGGCGGUGAGGAAAACUUCAAAGCUGAGGACUCCAAACCUGUUGAGCCGGAGGCCGCCCAGCAAGCGAAAUGAGAGAGCGAGCCCCUCCGCAGCUCAUCUAGAGACCGGACUUCUUGCCCUAAGAGAAUCUAAAGAUAGCCCUUCUACAGUGUUGUGGGAUUUGUGGAGUGCACGAUAAAAUUUACUUGCGGCGUUUUGAACCAUUUGGUCCAACAACUAAAAGCUAGCUAGAAGGAAAGCUGGAGUUUUUUGUUUGCCAAGCUUUUGUUUCAAAUUUAAAUUCAUCUCUUUCCACUCGUUUCAUGUUUUUGCUCAUUCCUAUAACUAAGUGUAGCUUUGAAUCAUAACAUCAUAUCUAUUUUAUUACUAUUAUUAUUAUUAUUGUUAUU